AUGAGCGAGAAAGCCGAAGUCAGCCCCCAGCCGGGCACUGGCCCCGACAUCGAGGCCACGGGCAAAAAUCCCACUGCCCUGCCGGGCUACGAAGAUGUCACUCACGAGAAGGGCACCGAUGCCUACAACCGCGCCGGCGCCAUCGAGGCCGAGCAGCAGGAGCUGUCCAUGACCGUCAUGGAGACCGUCAGGGCAUAUCCCGCUGCCACCUUCUGGGCCUUUAUCAUGUCUUGCACCAUUAUCAUGGAAGCCUACUGCGUCUUCUUGAUGGGCAACUUUAUCGCCAUCGACAGGUUCAAGAACCGCUUUGGUGAAUUCAGCGAGGCCGAGAACGGAAACAUCAUCACCACCCCUUGGCAAUCCGGACUGCAAAUGACGGGGCCCGUCGGAGCCUUCAUUGGUGUCAUGAUCGCCGGUCCCAUUACGAGCAAGAUUGGCUACCGCUGGGCCACGAUCGGCGGUCUCAUGGCCCUCAACGGCUUCAUUUUCGUCUUUUACUUUGCCAACUCCUUGGCCGUCAUGUUGGUGUCCCAGCUUCUCGAGGGUAUCCCUUGGGGAAUCUUUAUUGCCAACGCACCGGCAUACUGCAGUGAAAUCGUCCCCAUGCGCUUGAGAGCACCUUGCACCCAAAUGUUGCAAAUGUUCUGGGCUAUUGGAGCCAUCAUUGUCCAGGCCGUCACUUACCAGUACAACGAGGUCGAUGCCGACAUCGCAUUCAGGAUCCCCAUCGCACUCCAAUGGAUGUUCCCCACUCCUCUCGCCCUCCUCAUCUGGUACGGUCCCGAGUCGCCCUGGUGGCUUACCCGCAAGGGCAGACUCGACGAGGCCGAAAAGGCCGUCAGGCGCCUGGGUCGUGCAUCGGCCAACGAAAACCCGGCCGCUACCGUCGCCAUGAUGAAGCGCACCAUCGACCUCGAAAAGACCACAAAGGAGCCCAGCCUGAUCGAGCUGUUCAGGGGCACCGACCGCUACAGAACCCUCAUCGUGUGCUGCGUCUACGCUGCUCAGAACCUGACGGGCAACCUCAUCGCCAACCAAGCCGUGUUUUUCUUCCGACGUGAGUGUUAA